CGAAUGCAACACCAGACCAAAGCAGCCGCACGUCGAUGUUUGUUGCCAAUGACAGUCGCCCUGCUCGCUAAAGUCAUGGCGUUGCUCAAACAAAGUUGCUGUGUCGCCGGUCGUUUCUCCACAAACCAUCUGUGGCUGAGUACCAGAGGCAUCCCACAUGUUUACAGCAGCAGUCUGUCCACUGUGGCCAAAUCCUCCCCAGACAGAGCUGACAGGAAGAAGGAGCUCCUCAGUGACGACGGGCCUGACCUGCAAGACUUUAUUUCAGGGGAUCUGUCAGAGAAAAGCAAGUGGGACGAAUAUAAAGGCAACCUGAAGAGAGAGAAGGGAGAGAGGCUGCGUCUUCCUCCGUGGCUGAAGACGGAGAUCCCCAUCGGGAAAAACUACAACAAGCUGAAGAACACACUGAGAGACCUCAACCUGCACACGGUGUGUGAGGAGGCCAGGUGUCCUAACAUUGGAGAAUGCUGGGGGGGAGGAGAGUACGCCACAGCAACCGCCACCAUCAUGCUCAUGGGGGACACAUGUACCCGAGGGUGCAGGUUCUGCUCCGUGAAGACAGCCCGUCGCCCCCCACCGCUGGACCCAGACGAGCCGUACAACACAGCCAAGGCCAUCGCAGCCUGGGGGCUGGACUACGUGGUCCUCACCUCGGUGGACAGAGAUGAUAUUUCUGACGGAGGAGCAGAGCACUUUGCUAAGACCGUCUCCAAUCUGAAGGAAAGGAACUCUCAGAUAUUGGUUGAAUGUCUGACCCCAGAUUUCCGCGGCGACCUGUCUGCAGUGGAGAAGAUCGCCCUGUCGGGGUUAGACGUCUACGCCCACAAUGUGGAGACGGUGCGAGAGCUGCAAAGGCAUGUUCGUGACCCCCGAGCCAACAUUGACCAGUCUCUGAGCGUCCUGAAGCACGCUAAAAAAGUCAACCCCACUGGGCUCACCAAGACGUCUAUCAUGCUGGGACUCGGGGAGACCGACCAGCAGAUACUCGACACAUUGACUGAGCUGAGAGAGGCAGGCGUGGACUGUCUGACUCUGGGUCAGUACAUGCAACCCACCAAACGGCACCUUAAGGUGGAGGAAUACGUCACUCCAGAGAGGUUUGCACACUGGGAGAAAGUUGGCAAUGAAAUGGGCUUCAUUUACACAGCCAGCGGGCCACUGGUGAGAUCCUCGUACAAAGCAGGCGAGUUCUUCCUGAAGAAUCUACUGAACAAGAGAAAAGUAGAAGCAACAACAGCAGAAUGAAAAGCACCAAAACAGCAGCUUCUAGAGGCUCUCUUCUUUUAAUCUAGCUGCCAGCAAUAACCAUACACAUGUACAACUUCAGCUCUACAUUAGUGCAUCACUGUUAACUUGAAAUAGAUUUAUCACGUGACAAACAGGACUCAUGAGAAGUACAGGGACCAAUUGUUUGCACUGUUCAACCAUGACGGCCCCAGAGAGACGAGUUUAAGAGAGAGGAGAUCAAAGAGGGCGAGCAGAAGUUUAGAGCCUGCAGAUAUGAAGAUCACCUGGGAGCACACUCACUUUGUGACACCCUGACAGAAGGAAAUACAACUUAGGGUUAACCGCCGCUGUAAUUUGCCAUGAACUCCCUCCUGUCAGGGGCCCCAGACUUCAGGUGAAGAGCCGCUGACCUGUGACAUCGAGCUCUGCGGGAGCUCUUUGAUGUCUGCUGCUACAGGACUGACGAUUUAAUGAAGCAGAAGUUUUUUUUUUGGUCUGAGAAUUCUUGUCCCCACAAAAACGUGAAAUUAUGAAUGAUACUCAAAUGUAUGGUUGUCAGAGAUCUUAAACACGGUGUCACAGCAUUUUUGAAUCUGUAUAACGAGAGAAAGUACAGUUUGAUCUUCAUUGGCCUUUAACCGUUUCCUGAAAUUUAAGAGGUUCUGUUUCUUUAAAAGGACUUUGUCUCUCUGUGACUGAUGAAAAGCCUGUUUAGCCUCAAACUGUUCAUUUCGCAAUGUAAUAAAAUAUAUAUUUUAAA